AUGUCGAACGUCAUCUCACCCCUCUGGAGUACUUCAAAGGGGCCAAGGCAAAUAGGUGACAUAUUGGAAGAGAAGAAACGGGCAAUGUCUGAAAUUCAACAGAAGUAUGAGCUUAAACUUCACAAUAAGGAGAUGCAAAUUGAUGAUCUACUCAAGGAAACUCAGGACCGAGUACAGGAACAUGAAAGCAUUGUAACACAACUAGAAGAUGAAGUCGAUGCAAAUGUUAUUAAUAUCAAGGAACAUUUUGAAAAUUUGUUAGAAGAAGAAAAAAUUGCAAGUGCAGAACUACGACGUGAAAUUGUUGGAACAAAAAACAAAUUCAAGAGCAGUGUUGAAAAGGAUGUUGAUGAGUACAGAUGUCAGAUCCAGAAAAUGCAAAAUGAACAAAAAACAUUCAAGGAAAUGAUAGAAUUGUUCGAAAAAGACAUUGUUGAUAUAAAAACUGAAAUUGCUGAAAGAGAUAUUAGUCUUGCAGAGAAGGAAAAACAACUAUACACACUUACUCGGGACAAACAGGAACUAGAAAAAAUUAAUUCUAUUCUAAAUUAUGGAAUUGAAGAGCUGAAGAAUGAGCUUCCUAUAAAGGACAAUGAGAUAAAAUCUAGAAUGGAGCAAAUAAGACAAGGAGAAGUUGAGCUUGAGGAAUUACAAAAAAACACAACUGUCCUUGAACAGCAAAUUGAUGAACUGAAGAAAAAGUUAAAUAUAAAAAACUGUGAACUUGACACAGUACUUGCAAGUAAUAAGACAAGUAAAGCAUUACUGCAGCAGUUUCAGAAGGACCUACAUGAUUGUUCUGGCUUAGUCCAAUAUCCAAAAGAGCUCAGAAUUGCUGUAAAGUCCAUGUACAACAGAUAUGGUUGUGACACAGAUUUUCUAUCUGUUUAUGAACAAGAUGUCAAUGCAAAGAAGGAAAUUCGACGACAGACAGAGUACCUUAAACAAACAAUCUCAACUCUCCACACUCAAGCUUUCAAGAGUCAUUCUAGAAAACAUGGCAGUGUGGCAAAAUUUAUGGAGCAAAAUCGUGAACUUAUAGCUGAAAUCAAUAAACUUAGAAGAGAGUUAAAGGAAGCUCAGCAGUAUAAAGCUGACCUGGAGAAAAUACUUGGAGCAGGGGGUAAAUUUGUGCCUCCAGCUAAAGCUAAAGCUCGCCUUCAAAGGGCUUUAAAAAAGAAUGAGGAUUUACACAAUGAAUUUCGGCGCCAACUUCAGGACAAAGAUAAAAUAAUUUUGCAAAUGAAGGAAGAUGUGCAAAGACUAGUAAAAAAACUUUCAAAAAAUGAGCAUACUGAUGAUGGCAAUGGACAUGAUGCUGAAAAUUAG